AUGCCAGGACUGCCUCCUCCACACCGCAGAAGAAAAAAGACACCAACAUUCAUCAAGCAAUUGGACCGGGAGGAUGUAUGGCGUCGAUCACUAUAUGUCUUAGGUCUGGAACCCAUAAACGCCCAGAGUUCGACUCCAAACAGCUCCAGCUCUAGUUCUGUUAUGGCCAGCUGUGUCAUGGCUUCACAAACAGCUUCGACAGCUUCGACAGCUCCAGUGGCUCCAGAAACAACCUCAGCAGAGCAAACAAAGGAACCAACGACCUUCUUGAGUCUGUCUGGGGAGAUACAGAGAGAGAUAUUCCAGCAUGCAACCUCCCCAGACCUUACUGCCCUAUCUCUGGUCUCCAAGCACUUCAGAGACUUGGCCGCAGAGCAAAUCUAUCGAAGGUUUCAGAUCACAUUCACGGAGGAAGAUGGCAUUCUGCACGACUACCCAUUCGACAGCCUUGCUGCGGGCCUGGAUACAUUUGCCACCUCCGAGUAUGACCAUGCACAAUACUUGAAAGAGUUUAGGGUAUUAAACGAGGGUGGAGGAGAGAAGACAGAAAGAGCAUUCAGAUCUUUUUCGUUUGAUGUUAGCUGCGGGAAAUUCAUGAACACCCUGCUGCUCUUGACUUUGCGCAAGGCUAAGAAUUUGGAAGUAUUUCAAUGGGAUAUCCGGAUCGAGCUCAGCAGACCAGUUUACAAAGCACUGCACCAAAUCCAAGCUCUUCAACACUUACACCUUCGAAUGCAACCAGGACCCUCCCUUUGGCUACCUCUCGGCCCUCUACCUACAUCUCUGCUCCCUCCGACACAUGGCAUGCAACAGGCUUCAGGCUCCUCCGUAGCUCCUUUACCGGUCAUACUUCCAGUCCCCGCAGGAAGCACCAAUUCCUUUCAGUUUGGCAACAAGAUAGCAAAAAUAUGCCAGAAACCACCCGUGAAAAACCCCAUCAAAUCCCAACCUCCCCCGCCAACAAUGUCUGGAUUUAAGAAUCUCAAGACUUUGACGGUACUUGACAUGGAUACGCUGGAAUACUUAGAUGAGCUGCGGGCUUGUGUUGGCAACAGCUCUGCGACCCUGCGUAGCUUGACCUUGUCAUUCUCGGAAGCUUUGGUGGCUAAAUCGCGGAAGCCACAACCAGAUCCUCAUUCUGAUGACGACUCAGAUCAAGAGGACGAGUUUGGUCAAGUAAAUCCACCUCCUGGGACUGCCUCAAUAAACCCCGCUCUGGGCGCAUCCGAUCCGAACGGGCCAUCCCGGCUGAUCAAAGCCUUGGAAGAAAAGAAGAUGCAGGAAUCGGCACUUGGUCGAAUUCUUGGAGUUGAAAGUGUCGCCCCGAAGCCAAAACCAGUCGUUCCAAAGCUAAAGGUUGAGAAACCAAUGCCGGAAGAGGAUCCCAGAAGACGAUUUAUUCAAAAUCUUACCCUCAUCGCAUCAAAACUUAUGAGCCAUGUCCAGCCAGGAAGUGACCUCUCCACCGAGGGAGCGAAGACCUUGGAGAUGAUCGAAGAAGCAGCUCGCCAAUACCUUGCAAGUAACGAGAAAGGCAAGGGAAAGGACAAAGGCAAGGAUCCGGCCUCAAGCGUCGAGAUCACGACAAAUUCAACCCCGGCUUCUCUUACGGCUAGCGGCGAGGACGGUGCAGUCGCUGUGAUGAGUAGUGCUGUUCUCCCAGAAGAGGCAGGUCUCUUCGAUGCGCCUGACACGAAGAGAUCUGUAAAAGACGAGUCUGGAUGCUCAAACCCAGAGGACAUCAACGUCGAGGAACCGGAUGACCAAGAUUUGCUUAUUGACUUUGAUGUAUCUACCGACACUGUAGCCGAGGACGAUCUACCAGUAGCCCUUGCAGGCGACGAGGCCGAAACUGAGAUAGCAGGCUCCCUGGUUGAGACAAUGGAAAGAUUCCAAAACGAGUUGGCGGGAAUCGAACAAUCAAUCCGAGAACUAAGCCUAGCGUUCAGUGUCGAUCCUCUGGCCACAUCAGUCAUGCAACAAAACGAAAGCCUGGCGAAAAAACUAAACAAGCUUCGCGACGAAAUCAUUUCCGACAUGAAAGAUAUGGACGUUACCUUUUUUACUCAAGCUUUGACCAAAAUCGAAAGGAUCACGCGAAGCAAUGUCGAGCUGUUGACUAAUAUGCGAGAUCCCGAGAUGAAAAAAAAACAGAAGACAUUGCACGAUGCGUUGGAAACUCAGGAAACACAAAUGAGUGCGUAUAUUCGUAAUACUCGUGGUCUCACCCUGGAAUCGCUGUCGAUCUAUUUGAUACCGAUUAAAGCAUCAAUUAUUUCGCGGUGCAUCGACCUCAAUGUCUUGCAGAGUAUCACACUCCUUAAUGUUGGUCCUCAGGCCCCUUUCUGGAACUUAGUCGCCAAGGAGAACCUGAUUAUGCCACUGCCAAUUCAAAAGAUUCACACAGACAAUGUUACAAUCCCGCUCCUGUUAUGUUUGUCAGGGCUCGAUAAACUGUCAGAACUGAUUCUCCUGGAACGCGCUACGAAAGAGCGUGGAGAGAGCACCGCUGCGAAGUCAGUAGUAACAGUCGAGGAUAUCCGAAAGAUGGUCUUGAGGAAGCAUGCGAGCAAUCUCCGGGUCUUGGUUAUCAGGAACGACAACCCCAACCAUGAUUGGCAAUUGAACAUCAAGACGAUCAUGGUAUUGUGUCGGCGCGCGAAGAAGCUUGAGGAGUUGGGCUGCAGCUUCGGAACUCCGGCUAUGCACACUCUCCUACAAUAUAUGUCGGGCCUCUCCUCCCUUCGCGUCCUGCACACAAUCACCUUUCACAACGAAGACAACUGUACAUGGGUAAUGCGCGAAUUCCGCAAGUUCACUGUCGACAUCAUCUCGCAGAACCCUGAUAUGAAGCUCGAGUACCUCGCCCUCGAGAAAUCCGUCGAACGUCUCGUCCGCCGAAAGCCUAUGCCAAAGCCCAAAUCCGACAAGGGCAAGGCCAUAGAUCUGGACUGGACGAGCGCCAAGGCUCUUGCGGAGUUGAUUAUGGGCAGCAAUGCUGGAUCCUGGGGCGAUGAGAGCAAAUACGACUUCCAGGAUAGCGAUGAUGAUGAUGAGGGCAUUGUGCAGACUGGACUUCGCGUCGAGACUGUCGAUAGUGUCCGCUUCUCUCAAGUCACUGGAGUCCGCAUAUUUGAGCGAGCUGUUAUCACGGGAAAGUUGUGA